GAAAAACGUGUACCUAAUAAAAUAUUCAUUUGAAUGAUAAAUUCGUUACAAAGGAGUCGAUUGUAGCUAUUUGGUAAAUUCAAAAACAAAGUUAAUGAAUAUUUUAAGCGCAACCUAAAACCUAAAUUAUUCCAAAUUUAAACACACGAUAAAAUUACAGAACUUAACUAUGCAAAUUUUUUGCAUAAGAUUUGCAAUUUCUGAGAAAAUUUAUCAUUAUUAUACUUUAUGAAAAUUUUUUAUUCUUCAACGAUAAUUUUGCUUAAAUUCCAAUUUUUGGUAAUUGGGAAUAUAUAGACAACAUUCCUGUAACGCUAAAAUAUUUUUAAAAAUGGGUUCCAAAAUAUCUAAAGAAUUUAAUAUGAAUUGGCCGGAUGAAAAUCUACUAAAAUUUUCAGAUGAACAACGAAAUAUUUUAGAAAAAUCCAAAAAUGUAAAGAAACCCAAUGAAACAGUUACUAUAGAAGAAAUUAUCGCAAAUUCAAAAAAUUUUCCUAUUGAAUUUCCUAUAAAUUCUUGUAGAGUUGGUUUUCAACCUAAAGAAAGGUACGAUAUAAUUCAACAAGAAAUAAAUUCAGUAUAUCCGAUAAUUCAUGAACGUGUUGUUUGGCUUUAUAUACGAUUUCUCGAACAUAAAACCAAAUAUGGAAAUGAAAUUGAAAAAGAAGUUUAUUCCAAUAUGAAUUUAAUAGAUUUUAUAGAUCGAUUAUUGACAAAAAGGUGUGCUACUUUCUGUGGAGAGUAUGAUAGAUAUCUUUUAGUUUCUAAACAGUUUGGAUUAGAUGGUCAUACAACUGUAGGAACCUUAGAAGAGAAACCACCUUUAGUUUUAAAGAACUGUCUCAGUUAUGACGAAAUUAAGCUUUCUGCAUUUUUAUCAGUUUCAUCUCAUACCGAAUUUAUUAAUGAUGGUGAUAGGAAAAAUAUGGGUAAAAUUGAAUAUGAUAAAUUAAAAAUUGAGCAAGCUGGGAUUAUUAUUGGACUUAUAGGACCACGUAUGGUUAGACGGGGUUAUAUGGAAUAUCAGGAUAUUAUUAUAUCGGAAAAACAAAACAAUUUAAAAAAUGGUUAUGGUUUUCAACAUGACAAAAUGAUAGCUACCUCAAAAAGUGAUUAUAGAAAAAUGUGGAAUGAUUUUUAUGGAGAAAGAAAAGAUUUUAUUUAUAUUGAAGUGAAAUCUUAUGAUAAAAGAUUUUUAAAAUUGGAAAGAAAUGAGUUUUUUGAUAAAAUAAUUAUGAAAAAACGUUUUACAAUUUCUUUUGAUACUUUGCUAUUAGAGGCAGAAACAAGAGCUUCAAUAUCUGAAAAACAGGCAUACAUUCAUGUUGUUGGAAUUGGAUUAGGUGUUUGGAGAUAUUGUAAUGACCAAAUAAACAUAUUCUUAGCGACCUUUUCCCAAAGAUUGAAAAGAUUAUUACCCAAAUUAAAUCAUAUUUCAGUAAUAAAUCUUUCAUAUUUUCCAGAAGAAGGUUUUGAAAAUUUAAAAAAUGAUUCAACUUUUAUAAGUGAAACUCAUCCUAAUGGCGGUAUUAGAAUUUAUAUAUCGAAAAGGAAUCCCCACAAAAAAUUGGAUGGAAAAUGGAAAAAUUGCUUGCCUAUAGUAUCAUAUGCUUGGGAUGGUAAUUCUUUGCCUGGAAAUGAAUUUUGGAUGAAACAGAUAGCUUCAAGUAGUGACUCUGCAGCAGCAUCUAGUACACUAAUAACUGAAUUACACAAUGCUCAUAUUAAUAAAAGAUUAACUGGAAAGAAUCUGCACGUUGCAAUGGAAAAUUUUGGAGUAGUUCAUAUAAGUGAAUACAUAACAAAAUCAUUAACAGAAAACGCAUGAUACUAUAAUUAAUAUGGGAUAUUUUUUUUCAA